GAACUUUUUUGGAAGGGACUCAGCUGAUUUGUGCCAAAUCUGUUUGCCGUUCAGAUUAUGCAUAACAAAGAUGUGUGCGUGUAAACAGCACCACGCCUUCAGAUGAGGACGCUGAUCUUCGUCGCUUGGCUGCUGUUUUACGUGUCUUUUUUACUGGGAAUGAAAAGGAUGUGGACUGGAAAGUAUGUUCGCAGUCCGCUGGCUCGAGCUCUGAUCAUGAACAUGGGGACCGAGACUGACUCACCUGACUCACCUGGAUAUGAAGCCCAGCAGUGGUACCACUGCUGUCCGGACAUGCUCGGAGAACAGGUUUGCUCUCAGUUCGUUCAGAGUCAUCUGGAUGAGGACACGCAGGCUUUCCUCCGCCGAAGCGUGGAGAAGUCCGGCUGGCUCUUCACGCAGCUCUACCACUCGCUCUUCUCCUCCAUCUUCAGCCCGGUCAUGUCUCGAACCUCCAUCAACGGCUUUCUGGGCCGCGGCUCCAUGUUUGUGUUCUCGAAGGACCAGUUUCAGCGUCUUCUCCGGAUCGAGCCGGAAUGGAAAGGGCAGAGGAUGCUGGAUCUGGGAGCCGGUGACGGAGGCGUGACAGAAGUGAUGGGCCGUCACUUUCAUGAGGUGUUUGCCACCGAAGUCUCCACGCCGAUGAAGUGGCAUCUCCAGAGAAAGAAUUACAGCUUGCUGGGAAUCGAUGAGUGGAACCGAACGGGCUUCCAGUAUGAUCUGAUCAGCUGUCUGAACCUGCUGGACCGCUGCGACGAGCCGCUGCAGCUGCUGCAGGACAUCAGGAGAUCGCUGGUGCCGCACACGGGACGCCUCGUCUUAGCGGCUGUGCUGCCCUUUCAGCCGUAUAUAGAGACGGGUGGGACCUGGGUGCGACCCAAGGAACACAUCAAGGUGCAGGGCAAGACGUGGGAGGAGCAGGUGACUCACCUGAGCACAGACGUGUUCCUGAAGGUGGGGUUCGAGGUGGAGGCCGUCACUCGCCUGCCGUAUCUGUGUGAAGGAGACAUGUACAAGGACUACUACAUGCUGGAUGACGCCGUCUUCGUGCUGAAACCCCAGGAAUGAACUUUCGGCGGAAAUGAAAGGGCUUCGUUUAAGAUGAAUGAUGUUUCUUGUCUGUGUUACGUCUCAGGAAAAUGAAAUCUUUGAGAAACAAAUGAUUAUAUCUUAUUGCAACUAAUGAACAGUACAGUGAUUGUACUACAAGUGUAGUACAGCUGGUGUGAGGUGUUCCCUGUGGGGGGAAAUUUAAACAAAAAAAGA